AUGUCUGCCCUGCCCCGGUCAAUGGGCUCGCGCCUGCUCGCGCCCGCCCUGCGCCCCUCAGCCACACGCUCUCUCGCUCUCGCUCCCGCUCCCGCAUACCGCACCUACGCGACCAACGAGGAUGCUCCCCACCACCACAAGACGACGCCCAAAGAUGCGCCCGCCGUCAAGCUCACAAGCGACUCCACCCAGAUCAGGAAGGAGGGCGCCGCCGAGGGCAUGAGGCACGCCCCCGACUACAACGUCGCCGCCGACUACCGAACCUCCAACUUCUCCCCCAUCCCCAAGCGCGUCAUGGACGGCAGUGAGCCUGGCGAGAGCGUUGCUGCCGCUGUCCUUUCCGGCGCCCCAGUCGACCUCCAGGCCCGCCAAGUUCGCAUCUACAAGCCCGCCAAGACCGCCACACAGUCGGGCGACUGGACCUCGGAGCGCUGGCUCAUGGACUGGGACGUGCUCGCCAAGGGCCACCGGUGGGAGAACCCUCUCAUGGGCUGGGCGUCCUCGGCCGACUUCAUGAACGGACUGCGAAUCGAGUUCAAGUCCAAGCAGGAUGCCAUCAACUUUGCCAACAAGCAGGGCUACGAGUACUUUGUCCAGGAGCCCAAUGUUCGCAAGUUUGUCCCCAAGGCCUACGCCAACAACUUUACACACGUUCCCGGCAAGUUGAAGCAGGUCAGGACAAAGUAG